AUGUCGCACGUUGCCCAGAAGAAGCUCACGCAGCUCUACGGUGAGUAUAACCACGUGCAGUUCCCAUUGACGAAAGAUGAGCCUUACCGCGCAACGCUGAAGACUAACGCGGCUCAAACCUGCGCCACAAUUUGGCUCGAGUCGAAGAAGACCAAGCUCCAAUGGGAGUGUGUGAUUCAAGACUUGAGCAAGCUCAUGACGACCGAGCUUGCACUGCCAAAUGCUGUAGUCUUGCGCGCCAUCAAGGCCUCGGCCAAGCUCUCUUCCGCAAGCAAGGUCGACCUGACGAUGGAGAAGGACAUGCUGGCGCUCGAUCUUGCGAUUCACCUCUCGCCCGUAUGGACGGCGACGUACCGCUUCGAGAUGACACCCAUCGAAGUCAAGCUCGUCGACAUCUUGGAGGCUCGCAUCCGCGACCUCGAGGAAGCCAACGCUCGACCGCGCGUUGCGUUCUGCACCUUGACGACGAUUGCACAAACCGACGCGAACAACAUCGACUCGUGUGUGUGCGAGUGGACAGUUUCGUCAUCGCACGAGGCGGCAGCACUCGUUCGCAUCGAUGAGAACGACAAGAGCAGCAUCGUUGUGCUGCAGCCUGGCUUGUACCACAUCCACUGCACCUUGACAACUUUGACAGCUGUGACGGGCGAAAUCACACUGUACGUUGACGAGGCUGACGUCGGGACGGCACCCUAUACGUGCUACAAGCCGAACGAAGACGAAGCGAGUUGGUACUUUCAAGUCGACGUGUCGCACAUUGCGCAGCUAGCCGCUGGUGCACACAUUGGCCUUGACGGGGACUCGAACGAUAUUGCAAUUCCUGGGUCUAUGACGAUUCGAAAGCUCCAACAAGGCGCCUUUUAG